AUGACUUCCGUCCGGAGCCCUCAACUCUUUACUCAAUAUCCCGGUGUGGAAUCAAUCGCAUACUAUCGUAAAGGAGGUUUUCAUCCUAUACAUAUCGACGAUGUUCUGCAGAAUCGUUAUCGCAUUGUCAAUAAACUUGGAUACGGUGCAUAUGGCACCGUAUGGCUCGUUGAAGAUCUCAACUCAGGGAGAUGCGCCGCACUCAAAGUUCUAGCUGCUGAAGCCUCCAAGGGCUCGGAGGUUGUGUCCGAAGUUGCCAUCCUUCGCCAUCUCAAGCAACGGCAGCUGAGCGCCGAUGGAGGCUCAGAGGGUCAGGAAUUUCUGAUGGAGUUUUUUGAUGACUUCAAGGUUGAAGGGCCAAAUGGCACUCAUCAAUGUAUCGUUACUGAGGUGCUUGGACCUGGCAUAGGCGCUGAUGUCGAUGAAGUCUACGAUGAGGAUCGGUACCCGAUAGAAAUAGCGAAGAUGCUUGUCGCACAAGUAAUACGCGGAGUCGCGUACCUGCAUAGCUGCGGGGUUGCCCAUGGAGGUAAGCGAAGUCACGAAGUUUUCCAUGAUAAGUUGAUAUCGAUUUUUUACAGACCUUCACAUUGGAAACAUAUUGUUGCGUAUACCUGGGAUUGA